AUGGCUACCACAAUCACAACCACAGGCGAAACUGUCGCGGUGCUAAAAGGCUCCAAGAUUACCUCACCCCCAUUGACUUCUCUUUUCGCUUGCAACAAGCACGAGAAAUUUCGCGAAUGUGUCGCGUACGCAAAUUCCAGCUAUGCCGAGUCGCUCGAGCCGGUUGCCAUCAUUGAAAGCAGCACACCACACAGCCAACUCCCAAUGUUAGGCUCUUGCACAGCGGUAUUAUACCCUCGAGGGGACUUUGACCGUCUUCCAGUAACGAUUGAUGGCUACAUGGCUUUCCUGUUUUUGGACGAUCUCAUCGACAACUCGACAGACAUGACAUACAUCUCGAACAUCGUCGACAAGUUCAUGGCUACUGCUAGAGGGAUACCAACCGAGGACGCAAGAUUCUUUUUGCUAGCUAGGUUCAUGACGGAUAAGCGCUGGGACCCAACGAACCUGGCUGAGACCAUAGCUGAAGCUCAACGUUUCAUGAAUGGUGCAUUGGCUCUGCGAGCGAUCGAAAUCGAAGAACGUAUCAUCACUGUCGAAGACUACUUCCAGAUUCGAGUUCCCAAUACGGCAAUGGGGUUCAUGUUCCGCGUUAUCGGUUUUGCGCAGCCACAGUUGACGACAGAUUUCAACCGGUUGAUGGCCGAAAAGCCUGACUUGUGGGACCGAGUGGAACAGCCAUCAGGAAAGUCUGUUGGGAUUGCACUGGAUCUCUACAAACUCAAUGGAUCGCAUGCAGAGAUCUGCGAGUACACCAACGUUGUUAAGAUCUUGCAACGUGAUUCACCUAUUCCUAUCGACCUUAGCGACGCUAUCCAAUUUAUGGUGGACGAGUUCUACAGAUACGAGAAAGAGAUGGCUGAUGCGGUGGAUGAGCUCUCAAACUUCAGCCCAGGCCUUGCUCAAGCAGUUCGGGAUGUGCAGGGUGGUACUCUUAAAUGGAUGACCGGUGAGCGUGGUGGACGAUACUCAAAGGUCUGA